AUGGUGGGCGAGGCUUCGACGCCCACCUCCCAAGCGCCGGGCCCCGGGCGCGGAUCAAGGGAGGAUCAUGGCCAGCAGGCGCGCGUCGUCUUCCCCCUCUGCAGCACCUACGGGAAGCUGUGGCUGGAGUCGCGCCGGAUCCUGCAGGAGCUCCUGGAGCAGGAGCUGUCGGCCGAGCCGAGGAAGGCCGAGAAGAGCCGCGCCGUCUUCUGGCACCGGCUGGCCAACCUCUUCCUGCGCUACGUGCAGGUGGCCCGGCGCCUGGAGGCCUGCUACGACCAGGUGGUGCACCCGCAGAAGCGCCUGGUGCUCCGCCCGCUGCUGGAGAGCGUGCUGGGCCGCCUCCUGGAGCUGAAGCAGGAGCUGGUGCAGCUGGACCGCUCCGAGUACCACUACAUGGACCACGUGCUGGAGGAGCUGAAGCUGACGCCGGCCGAGAUGGAGGUGCCGAUCCCCAGGUACUUCGUGAAGGAGCGGGCCAAGGUGCUCCAAGAACGUCAGGAGGUGCUGGCGGGACUCCUGGCCCGCAUGGUGCCCACCAAGGCCAUCUCUACCCCCCACUCGCUGACCCUGCGGGACGAGGCGGUGCGCCUGAUCCAGAUGGCGGAGCGGAUGCGCCAGGGCCGCCUCCGGGCCCACUUCAUGGCCGAGAUCCGGCGGGACGAGGAGCGCGAGCGGAGGAGGGUGAGGGAGGGCGAGGCCGAGCCCAACAGGGACCUGGCUGCCAUCUGCAUCCAGAAGGUGUGGAAAGGCCACGCGCAGCGACGGCUGACCAGGAUGGCGCGCCGGGCCGAGAUGGCGUUCAUCGGCAUGGAGCUGGAGCCGCAUCUGGAGGGCCCCUCGCCGGCCACGAUCCGCGCCCAGCUGGGGGAAGAGCUGCGGCGGAUGCGCCAGGCGGACUACGAGGCCGAGUACCGGGAGGCGCAGGAGCGCAUCCGCGAGGCCCUGCUCGACGUGGAGGGGCCCCACCUCCGCGAGCAGCUGCGCGAACAGCUCCGCCAGUGGUUCAUCGAGUGCCGGGACCUGACUGGCCGCUUCCCGGACUACCCAGAGGAGGAAAUUGGGGGCUGCCUGGUCCUUUUCGCCCAGAAGACCCCGGAAGAGGUGAGGGCCGAGCUGGACCUGGCGGAGAUCAAGACUGACUCAAAGAAGGAGAAGGCGAAAGAACCAACGGCGGAGAAGGAGCCGAAGGACAAGAAGGAGGAGGAGAAGAGAUCGGAGGAAGAGGAAGGGCUGAAGCUGGCUCCCUCCAAGUUCCUGGCCUCCAUCCACCAGGGAUUCCUGUGCUACACGGGCUGCUGGGGCGAAGACGACGAGGCCGCCAACUUUGAGCAGCGCUACCAGUCGGCUCUGAUCAAGGUGGAGAAGAGGAGAGAGGUGGAGACGGAGAUCCGGCUGCAGGUGGAUGAUCUGAUGCGCGAGGAGCUGGAGCAGCUGCGACUGGCCGUUGACCAGGAGGAGAUGAGGACCCAGAAGCCCCCCAAGAGCGCCAAGGCCAAGAAAGGGAAGAAAGAAAAAGACCUGACCCCAGACAGGACCAUCGACUCCCUCUACGAGGAACUGGUCCUCCAGGGCAUCAUUAAGAAGCCCCCGAAGGUGCAGCUGGCCGACUACUCAGGGGACUUCUGCUACCUGGGCACCGCCUUGCGCCAGAAGGACAUUGAGCCCGUCCCCUCCAUGCUGGACGUCCGGCAGAACGUCGCCCUCUACGCGGUCCUUCCUCUGGGUUCCCAGACCCUGCACGAAUUGGCCCCCCAGGUGAGGUCGCUGCUCCUGGCCGGCCCGGUGGGCACGGGCAAGAGGACGCUGGUCCACGCUGUCUGCACCGAGACGGGGGCCAACCUCUUCGACCUUUCCCCGGACAACGUGGCCGGCAAGUAUCCGGGCAAGGCCGGCCUGCAGAUGCUGCUUCACCUGGUCUUCAAGGUGGCCCGCCUUCUGCAGCCGUCCGUCAUCUGGGUCGGGGGCGCGGAGAAGAUGUUCUACAAAAAGGUCCCCAAGGAGGAGAAGGAGCUGGACCCCAAGCGGCUGAAGAGAGACCUGCCCAGAGCCCUGAAGCUGCUGAAGGCCGAAGACCGGGUGCUGCUGAUGGGCACCUCCUCCCAGCCCUACCUGGCCGAGACGAAGGCCCUGUGCAAGGCCUACGAGAAGAUCCUGCUUCUCCCCAAGCCCGACUACGCCGCCCGCUACGUGACGUGGCAGUGGCUGAUCCAGAGGCACGGCGGGGUGGUGACCAGCAGCCUGGACCUGAGCGCCCUGGCCAAGGUGUCGGAUGGCUACAGCCAGGGCAGCCUGGCGCAGGCGGUGAAGCUGGUGCUGACCGAGAGGCGGAGGCUGCAGCUACCCAAGAAGCCGCUGUGCGCUGUGGAGCUCCUGCACAUGCUGGCCAGGGCCGACCCCGUCUACCCGGAGGAGCAGGAGAUGCUGCAGGACUGGUACGAGAAAACUCCGCUGGGCCGGAGGAAGCUGGAGGCGGAGGAGGAGGCGGAGAUGGCGGCCGAGGCCAAGGAGAAGAAGCAGAAGAAGUGA